UGCUUGCUGCUAUGUCCACACCACUGGAGGAUGCUAUGAACACCUUGAUCAGGAUUUUUCAUCACUACUCUGGCAAAGAAGGAGACAGAUACAAGCUCAGUAAAGCAGAACUCAAGGAACUCCUCGCCAGUGAGCUCACUGACUUCCUUUCAGGCCAAAAUGAUCCCCUUCUGGUCGAUAAGAUUAUGAAAGAUCUGGACUCCAAUAAAGACAAUGAAGUGGAUUUUAAUGAAUUUAUGACUCUGGUUGCAGCUUUGACUGUGGCAUGUAAUGAUUUCUUUGAAGAACAACUAAAAGAAGAAGGAUUUUAAAAAUGCUCGAUACAAUCAAUCUCGUCACCACAAAUACAAUGAAGUACGUCUACUUAGCUAGUGCUCAUCAGCAUUUAGUGAAUGCAAACCAUCAUCAGUCAAACUGCUACUGCAAUAAGACACUUACUUAUAGACCAGAUCAGCAACUGGUGUAAGCUGGACCAAAGGCAGCUUACACUGUUUGAGAUCUGGCUUUUAGUAUUCUCAGCCUUUGCACUGCAGGUGUCUGUAACACACACUGAUCAGUUUCCCAGGUCCCAGGCUUGGGGUGGCAGAGCACUUGGCAGGAGUUAAGAUUUCAAUUUUGUAAGUGUCAGUGGAGUGGGAAGUAAAAGGAACAUGAAUGUUGCUUACAUACUUUCUGAAUUGGAAAAUUUGGAAUGAGACAUAAAAUUUGCCAUUUAGUUUUCAGUCAUUCUGUAACAAACAUGCUUCUGCAGGUCACAGAAAGUUGUUUGUUUCUUGCUCAGCUCUGCUUAUUCCAACACCCUUUUUAUUUGCUGCUCCAUACGUCCCUGCACUCUCGUAUUUCAUAUAUGGUCACAGCUGCCUCCCGCCGCCUGAGCAGAUGGUGUUGCUUGCCGUGAUUAUGGGUUCAUUUCCCCCAAUCUCCCCAGCUUCCAUUUUGUUGUGUUGGCAUUGCUGCAUCCCAGUGGUCCACCUCUUUGUUUGUCAUAAAUGAAUUCAUUCAUAUGAUAAAUAAUUCAAAUACAUAGAGGUUUUAGUCAGCAAGCUGCUCUGAGGGCUGUUGGAAGAACUGGGUCUUUAGGGGAAAUGUAAAUGCCUGCUGCUUUCACUAUUCUGGCACCCUUAAGAGGAGAGCUUUUAGAGGACCACUUGUGGUGGAUUUCAUGAUGGGAUCCCAGAGUACAGCUUCAUCAUGUGAGUCAUCUGAUGGAACAAUAAUUUCUUCUUGUGCUGAUCCAACUCCCUGCAUGGAUGUGGUGCAAAAGGGGCAGUGGGACCCCAUGGCCAGACAUGGAGAGAGAAAUGUUUCAGUGUUAACCCACCCUUGGACUGAAAUAAAUGUAUAUCUAGAUUCCUGUUUAAACAUACUUCCAAAUCCCUGCAAAUCCUUAGUGACAGCAUGUCGCAGCUUUUUUCUUGCAUGGAGUGCUCACAUUGUUUAUUUUUGUUUGGUUGGUAAUUUCAAACUGUA